UCCUCUUCAGAGCCUCCGCUCAGGAGAGCUGCUGUUUGCUGGUGAAGCCGGUGACGUGCAAAGCAUCCUGCCUAUAGGAUUUGAGACUUUCCCAGUGCAGUUUUUUUCUACCCACUUUAAACCUUCAGGUUCUAAAUAUCAGGAAAGACAGGAAAUGCAGUGUGAAAACAGCAGGCCAAAAGUUCUUGAUUCACUGUAGCCGGGGAGUCUCAGACUAGGAUGGAGAUAGAUAGAGCUGAGACAGAGUGGGCUUCAUGCUAAGCCUUUCUUUGGACUGAGUUUUUGUUGUUAACUUGUUUGAUUGAGGUGUACUGCACUGGUUACGAAAAGGCCAGAGCAGUUCCAGCAUCAAAAUAGUGACAGUUUUGAAUACCAUAGUAUCUACACACUUAGGGAAUUUUUAUUAAAGAAGAUAAAGAGGCCAGACUAGAUCUCAUCCUCAUCUUCACCUUACAGCAACAUCAAAAGUUAAGAAACAGCAUCUUCAGGGCACUUUUAGGUGAGAAGAAGUCUAGAGAUGGAUCCAAACAAUUGUUUACUUCUGAACUUGAAAGUGGACAAUUUCACAAACUGCAAUGCCUCCAGUAACAGCAUGGAUCUCCCUGUGAAUGACGACUGGUUCCACCCGGGGAUCCUGUAUGUCAUCCCCGCAAUUUAUGGGGUUAUCAUCCUGAUAGGCCUCAUUGGCAACAUCACUCUGAUCAAGAUCUUCUGUACAGUCAAGUCCAUGAGAAAUGUGCCGAACCUGUUCAUCUCCAGUCUGGCUUUGGGAGACCUGCUCCUCCUGGUAACGUGUGCUCCUGUUGAUGCCAGCAGGUACCUGGCUGACAGAUGGCUAUUUGGCAGGAUUGGCUGCAAGCUGAUCCCCUUUAUACAGCUAACCUCGGUCGGGGUGUCUGUCUUCACACUCACAGCACUGUCGGCAGACAGGUACAAAGCCAUUGUCCGGCCAAUGGAUAUUCAGACAUCUCAUGCCCUGUUGAAGAUCUGCAUCAAAGCUGCCUUGAUCUGGAUCAUCUCCAUGCUGCUGGCCAUCCCAGAGGCUGUGUUCUCUGACCUCCAUCCUUUCCAUGAGGAAAGCACCAACCAGACCUUCAUUAGCUGUGCCCCAUACCCGCACUCUAAUGAUCUGCACCCCAAAAUCCACUCCAUGGCUUCCUUUCUGGUUUUCUACAUCAUCCCACUGUCGAUCAUCUCCGUCUACUAUUAUUUCAUUGCCAGAAACCUGAUCCAGAGUGCUUAUAAUUUGCCUGUGGAAGGAAAUAUACAUGUCAAGAAGCAGAUGGAAUCCCGGAAGCGGCUUGCCAAGACGGUGCUGGUGUUUGUGGGCCUCUUCGCUUUCUGCUGGCUCCCCAAUCAUGUCAUCUACCUGUACCGUUCCUACCACUACUCUGAAGUGGAUACCUCCAUGCUCCACUUUGUCACCAGUAUCUGUGCCCGCCUCUUGGCCUUCACCAACUCCUGUGUAAACCCCUUUGCCCUCUACCUGCUAAGCAAGACUUUCAGGAAACAGUUCAACACCCAGCUCCUCUGUUGCCGGCCUGGCCUGAUGAGCCGGUCCCAUAGCACUGGCAGAAGUACCACCUGCAUGACCUCCUUCAAGAGUACCAACCCCUCUGUGGCCACCUUCAGCCUGAUCAAUGGAAACAUCUGUCAUGAGGGGUAUGUUUAGAGUAACCCUUGACCUUGACCCCCUAGGGACUCCUGGCUUUACUUUAUGGCCAGCCAGAAGCCCCAGCCCUUGAAUCUGUAGUUGUCUCUGUACCCUCCAGAGGGCUCUUGACUGGUGUAGGUGGGUGGGAAGGGGCCCAAAUGGAUCACUGUUGUGUUUCUAAGUAAGUAACCAAGGCUUAGCUUUCCCAUUUCAUCUUGUAAAUGAAUCUUUGCAUGGAAAGCAAACCCCUCCCCUUUUUAGAAAAGGAAACAAACAAGAAAUUAUUAUUUGAAGCAUCAAGACUUGAUAUAUAUAGGCAUGGCCAAUUAAGUCACAGAAACAAUCUGGCCCCCUAGAUGGAUAAAACAGGGAAAUCAGGCCUUGACUGUCUAUUUUGGGAAACUUCACCUUGUCAUUUCUUUAAGCAGAAGCUAAUGCUUUUAAAAUAUGACUCAAUUCCUUUUCCAGGAAUAUCUGUAAUACAUAAACUGAAGAACUUUUAUUUACAUCCCUAACAUGAAAAGUAGACCCUAUGAAAAGCCUCAUAUAUGAACAAUGCUCUCCAGAUUUAUAGCACUGCAAGCCAGUUUAAGAUAAGACAAACCUCAAUUUGAAUAACUACCCACGCAUGGAAAUAGGAAAAAAAAAACCUCUCUAAAUAUUGAUUUUAAAAAAAAUGUUACCGAG